UUUUUAUUUAAAAUACGGCUUUUUCUUUUCUUUCAAAACAUACUAAUAUCAAUUAAUUGCAAUCAAAAGUUUUUUUUAUAAAAUAUAUUAAAGUGGAAUGUCUGUCAGUGAAAUUGUGUUCGAUUACACACACAAUCAAAAGAUUUACAUAUAAUUUUUAAUCUACUUGGGUUAUUCAAGAGAGAUUGAUACAUUUUUAUUCCAAAAAUGUUGAGGCUGUUAAACUUAUCGAGAAACUCUCCUUUAAGAAGUACAGCUUUGCAACAACAAUUCAUUUAUCGUGCCCUUCAUUCAUCGACAAAUGUGAAAUCAAGUGCUCUACAACCGAAGAAAGAGCUGGUGCAGGAUAAACUGGAUAAAUUUAAAAAGGGCGAAGUUAUUCAUGGAUUUAUUGUAGACGAAGUGUCAAAGAUAGAGGAGCUAUUUCUCACUGCGGUGAGACUGACACAUCUGAGCACAGGUGCUCAAUAUCUGCAUCUGGACAGGGACGAUACCAACAAUGUAUUCUCUAUUGGAUUUCGUACAACUCCCAUGGACUCCACCGGGUUACCUCACAUCCUGGAGCACACUACUUUGUGCGGUAGCGAGCGAUAUCCGUGCAGAGAUCCAUUCUUCAAAAUGCUGAGGAGAUCUCUGGCCACGUUUAUGAAUGCUAUGACUGGGCCAGACUAUACUAUAUAUCCAUUCUCGACGCAAAACUUGAAGGACUACCGCAACUUACAAUCAGUCUAUUUGGAUUCUGUCUUCAAGCCGAAUCUACGAGAGCUGGAUUUUCGUCAGGAAGGCUGGAGACUGGAACACACGGACGUGAACGACAAAAGCUCUCCCAUCAUAUUCAAGGGUGUGGUCUUCAACGAAAUGAAGGGUGUCUUCAAUGAUAAUCAAGCUAUUCUGGCGGAACGUCUGCUGAAUUCUAUUCUACCUAGUCAUACGUACGCUGUGAUUUCCGGCGGCGAUCCUCUCGUCAUACCUAAUCUGCAGUAUAUCGAUCUCCUGAAUUUUCAUAAGAAGUAUUAUCAUCCAUCCAAUUCGCGCUUCUAUUCCUAUGGAAAUUUCCCAUUGGAGGAUCAUUUGAAGUUCAUCAAUGACCGAUAUCUCUUUCUGUCCGACCGAAUAGACGCUUCUAUGUCGAAAGUGCCGCCGGAGAAGCGGUGGAACAACAUUAAAAAGGAACACGUCGCCUGCAGGCCCGAUCCACUACUCGCAGAUCCUAGCAGACACGGCACUAUCGCUAUCUCGCAUUUGUGCAAUGAUAUAACCGACAUACAGAAAACCUUCGAGAUGCAUGUGCUGUCGCAGCUGUUGCUCAGAGGUCCGAAUUCGGCGUUUUACAAAUCUCUAGUCGAAUCAGACAUAAGCACCGGCUUCGGACCGGUCACUGGUUUCGAUUCCCAGUGUAAAGACACGAUGUUCGUCGUAAGUCUGCAGGGCGUAAAGCCCGAAGAUUUCGAGAAGGUCGAGAGUAUCUUCGACAACACAGUGGAAAAAGUUAUCGAGGAGGGAUUCGAGAAGAAGCACAUCGAAGCUGUUCUCCACGGCAUCGAGCUUCAGGUCAAGCAUCAAACGUCGAAUUUCGGGCUGAACCUUCUUUUCAAUCUGACGUCCUUGUGGAAUCACAACGGCGACUUGAUGCAGGCGUUGAGAAUCAACGAUGCGGUCAAGAAACUCGCGUCGCGAAUGAAAGAGGAUCCCAAGUAUCUGCAAAAUUUGACCAAAACUUAUCUCAAAGAUAAUAAUCACAGAUUGACGUUGACCAUGUCGCCCGACGAGAAUUACGAGCAGAGUAAAGCGCUCGCCGAGCAAGAGUUACUGAAGAGGAAAAUGGAGGAGCUUUCCACGGAGGAGAAGGAACUAAUCUACGUCAAUGGAAAGAUCUUGCUUGACGAGCAACAGAAGAAAGAGGACGUCGGGGUCCUGCCAACACUGAAGAUGGAAGACUUGAGGACCGAUGUGGAGAGAUACAAGACCCUCGAUCUGAAAGUAUCCGGAGUACCUCUUCAACUAUCCGUACAACCGACAAACGGGAUCUCCUAUUAUCGAGGAAUACUCAGCACGCAGGCGCUGCCGAUGGAAUUAAAGCAACUGGUACCGCUCUUCAACUACGUCAUCGCCAAGAUGGGGACACAGAACUACGAUUACAGGAGCUUCGACCAGAUGAUGCAGCUGAAGACCGGCGGUCUGCACUUCGCGAAUCACAUUGCCGAGCAUAAGGAGAGUGAAUUGAAGUAUGAAGAAGGGAUUCUCGUAGAAUCGUACUGCUUAGACCGCAAUUUGAGCUACAUGUGGGAACUGUGGACGGAAUUGUUCAACAAUGUUAAACUGACUGAUCCUCAGCGAUUCGAGACGCUCGUGAAGAUGAAUGCAGCUGACCUCAUCAACGGCAUCUCGCACGCGGGUCACAUGUACGCGAUGAGUAGCGCCGCUAGUCUGGUCUCACCGAUAGCUAGAGCCAAAGAGAGCCUCUCCGGGUUGCAAUACGUGGGGAGAAUGAAGAAAAUAGCUCAGAUACGCGAUCUGUCCUCUCUGAUACUCAACAUGCAGGAGAUAGCCGAACGCGUCUUGAACAAGGAGUACCUUCGAUCGGCCAUUAAUUUAUCCGAGGAACACAAGGACGAUGCUGUCAACGGUAUUCGCGCGUUCUACGAGUCACUGAAGGGUUCUCCGAAGAAUCCCUACGUCCUCAGCAGCGAUCAGAGCACUGAAACGAGUGAAAGCGGUAAUCAUCAUGUACUGCCAUACACAGUGAAUUAUUGCUCCAAGACGAUUCUGACAGUUCCUUAUACGAAUCCGGACUAUGCCCCGUUACGUGUGCUCUCCAAGUUGAUCACUUCCGUAUAUCUGCAUCCGGAGAUUCGAGAAAAGGGCGGAGCUUAUGGUGGAGGCGCGAAAUUGACGUCGGAGGGACUCUUCGCUUUUUACUCUUAUAGAGAUCCUAACUCCACUCGUACCUUCGACCUGUUCGACAAGACGUAUGAUUUUCUAAUCGAAUAUUCGUUACCUCAGAGCGAUGUAGACGAGGCAAAACUGGGAGUUUUUCAGCAAAUCGACAUUCCUAUUCCUCCCAGCAAUCGUGGUAUGACUAAAUUCACCCACGGCAUCACGGAUGAUGACGUUCAGAGGCAGAGAGAGCAGCUGAAGGCUGUGACUAAGGAGCAGCUCUUGCAUGUGGCUGAGAAGUACCUGAAACCUGGUCAAAAAGAUAUUAAAGUCGGUCGUUCACUUAUCGGACCUGCAAAUGUCGAUAUUUUAAAUAGGCGCACAGAAAAUUGGACUGUAUUAAAUCAGGAAGAAGCAGAUCAAGCACGAGCCACUGAAUAGACAUCAAGUUAUCUUUGUUAUUUUUUUCAUGAAAUUAGUUGUAAUAUUUAUAAUAAAACAUGUUUUGUUUUAUUAUGUUAAACUGCGAAGACACAUGUCAUCAAACACCUGGUAAUGUUCUAUGAGAUACUUUUAACGUUAAGUAUAUUAGAACCUGAAAAGGUAAUACGUACAUUAAUAAUACAUAACAUUUGUUAAAUAAAUAUUGUAAUUUAUGCUAUAUUUUAUAUAUUAAAAACGUAUCCUAUAGCAAAAAGAAAAAUAAAAAUGUGUUUUACUCAUUUUCUAAUUUUCAUCAAUCCUUAUGUGCUCAUCAACAUCGUAUACUUAUUACUACAAUUAUUUAUUACUUUAAAGUAUAAUUUUCCUUUUUUUU